AUGGUUUCAAACAAUGCUGUUCCGAUGAAGUUAGAAAGUUCUGACAGAAGAUAUGUAGUUGUCAGAACGUCAGAUUCUCAUAUGCAAGAUACAGAAUAUUUUGACGACUUAGCAGAAACUUUGACAUCUGACUUUUACAACCACUUGUUCUCAUAUUUUAUGACAUUAGAUAUUUCAAAGUUCAAUCCAAGACAAAUUCCACAUACCGAAGAAAGACAAACAUUGUUAGAAGCAAACAAGAGUGUAUAUGAACUGUUCAUAGAUGAGACUAACUUUGAGUGUUUAGAUGAAAGGUCAUUGUACGAUGAAUAUAAACAAUAUUGUCAAGAGUAUGGUUAUAUGACAGCGUCUAAACGAACAUUCUUGGCAAAUGUCAAAAAUCUUUUAGAUGUUCAGAACGGCGUAUAUACAAAGAAAAAUUUUUAUGAGUAA